AUGUCCUAUUACGACUGGGUUGCUAAGGUCGAUCUCAUCGAUGGAGAGGGUGUGAUCCUGACUCUACCACUUAUCCCUGACGACAGUCCACAGAUUAGAAGUGGAGGGUUUCGAUGCACCUUUACGUCGACUGCCGAUUUGUGGGAGCGAAGUCGAGGAGGAUACGAGGCCUGCUACUACUUCCGAGCUGGGUUUGCCAAGGGUCUCCGCAGCGAAUAUUUUGAGGUUGUAAGAGACCCAGACAUUGCAGGCUUGAGGGCUGAGCAACACCGAACAGAAAUCGACGUUCUGCGGGCCACGCAAGUAUUCCAAGCGAAAGCGAAGGAUAUCCGGAAGAAAGACGUAGAGGCCAUCGAAGAGCAGGGCGAUUUAGGUGCGCCUAAUUCAUGCCUUCGCCGACUAAGAGCGACAACCCACCCCAAGGACUUUAGCGACAAAAAGCAGUUCCUGAGGAAUCUUAUUUCGCUACAGUGUACUCUUAAGCCGGAUGGCCCUAAUGCCGAGGACGAUGCCAAACUGCAGCAUGUCCAUGCAGCUGUCAAGCAGCUUAUUCGCAAAGCGGCUGCAGCUACCAGGUCGGGCGUCGUCUCGUGGAAUAUGCACUUUGAAGGCUAA